UGCUUCAUUUAUGAUGGAUAGUUGUACGAUACCUUCUUGACCAACACUGUUGUCAAGGUUAACCAACACUGUUGUCAAGGUUGACCAACACUGUUGUCAAGGUUGACCAACAUUGUUGUCAAGGUUAACCAACAUUGUUGUCAAGGUUGACCAACAUUGUUGUCAAGGUUAACCAACAUUGUUGUCAAGGUUGACCAACACUGUUAUCAAGGCUGAGCACACACACACACAUGAAGACAUCAUGAGUAGUGGUCAUCGUGGCACCAAGGCCCUGGAGCUGUGGGCUCGACGGGCCACUGAUGGCUACCAGGGCGUCAACGUCUCCAACAUGACCACUGCCUGGCGCAAUGGUCUCGCCUUCUGUGCUCUCAUACAUCGCUUCAGACCAGACCUCAUUGAAUACUCUUCGUUGAAGCCAGAGAACGUCUUGGAGAACAAUGCAUUGGCCUUCCGUAUAGCUGAGCAACAACUUGGCAUUCCUGCACUCUUGGACGCCGAGGAUAUGGUGGAGAAUGAUGUACCUGAUCGACUCUCAGUUUUAACAUACGUGUCCCAAUAUUACCAGGCCUUUGCUGCACUGGGCCUCACUAAUACCAAGCGUGUUGUCAACAAUGCUGUUCCUCAGGCCGUUCCUGCUGGAACAAUCAAGACCAGAAAUACUCCUCCUCUGCAGCGGAAGAACAAGCCAGAGAUCAAGUCAGAUAAGGUGUUGGCGGGUGGGCGAGUGCGUCGUGAGGUGUGUGCUGGAUGCAGCAACCCGGUAUUCCUAGCCGAGCGGUUGUCAGUUGGCUCUCCAGGUCAGUUGAUGCACCGUACGUGUUUCCGCUGUGCCCGGUGCAACACACAGCUGACCUUGGCGAGCUACUAUGAGACUGAAAAAGGGCAGUUUUGCUGUGAGACCUGCCCUGAUGAAGAACACAAUAAUUUGCCAGAUGUUGAUUCCACCAGCAUUUCCAGUCACACUUCAAGUAAACAUAAACGACGAUCAUCUGCCUCUGACACAGAGUCUGAUUCUGAUUCAAACACUGAAGACUCUGGGGACGAGAGUGACAGCUACAGCCACAAUGUUGAGUCGUUACUCGAGGAUAAGACCCACCACAUCGACACCCGCAGCGAUACUUUAUCACACUCUCCACAGUUUUCUCCUAAGCCGCUUAAACCUCGUACUGUGUUUCUUUCACAGACCUUGGAAGGGAAUCAUGAAAACUAUGACUCAAACAUUAAUGCAGAAGACACUAAGGCAAGCAAUGGAAUCAGUCAUUUUUCCCAAGUUUCUUCAGCUUUAUUUGGAUCACAGGGUAGUGAUUCCAGAGUGGCAACCACUGGCAGCUCUACUCGAGACCAUAUUGAAGAAGCCAAAGGUAGAGAGACUCGAGUGGCUGCUACUGGUAACUCUACCCGAGACCAUUGUGAUGAAGCCAAAGGUUCAAUAAUACACCCACCUGAAACAUUAACCUUGGACACAGGGCAAGGAUACAGAACUAACAAUGUUUCUAAUGGUGCAGCAAACAAAACGUCAUCUUCUAUUGUUGCCCAGCGUUUAAAAAUGUUUAGAGAAAUAAGUGAUAAAACUGUUAGCUCAGAUAAAAAGAAAACAAAAAUCGAGAAAAGUGAAAUAAAAUCUAAUUAUUUUAAUUUUGAUAAUAGAAAGAAGGAAACAAGUUGUGUCACUAGAGAGGAAAUUAAAAAUAAUAUUGAGGAUCUAGACAAAGAUGAAAAUUCUAAAGAUUCAAGUAAACUUAGCAAGGUUGUGCAUAUAGAUGAAAUAGAUUCAGAUAUGUAUGUUAAUGAAGAACAUAAAAAAUUUAUAGAAUCAGUAGAUAAUAAUGAAAUGGUUAAUGAAAGCACCGAAACCUUACCUUCCAUUCCAUCCAUUGCUAUCACCCCAGAGAAUCAGGAAGUUACUAACGAUGAAGUCUUGAGCAAGGAAGAGGAUAACAUUAGUAUCCAGUCUGAUUCAGACGCUAAAAUCCUUGAAGAACCACCAGUUAGAACAGAUACACUCAAAGAAUACAAUCCAUUCGAGGAUGAGGAGGAAGAAUCUCAGCAGGAUGAAAGUGGUGUUGCAGUGAGCCAGUCUGAAGGUGGAAGCGAUGGUGAUAAUUAUGUUAUUGCUUGUGUCUCGCAGGACAGUGGGGCUGAAAUCUCCUCCACAUCCUUACACUCCAUCCAGUAUCCAGAAGAUCUUAAUCCUUUUGGAAGUGAUGAGGAGAGACAGCCUGAAGGUGUUUCAAGGGACGAAGCAGAAAUAACAGAAAAGUCUGACCAUCAGGAUAAUGAUAACCAGAAAACAACAAAGAAACUUAUCAAGGUAAACAUGAACCCCUUUGAAAGUGAUGAAGAUCAGGAAUAUGAAAAGGAAAUGGAUAAAGAGGACAAGAAAAAAGAAAGCAAAAGUCUAAAUCCUUUCUGGAGUGACGAUGAUGAACCCGAAAAUGAGAGUGAGAGCGCUAAAUCAACACCAAGCAAAGUUAAGCCUCCUAGACCGCCACCUCCAACGUUAGCCAGAAACAGUGCUCCAUCACAGAUGUAUCAAGUCAGUGGUGGUAGUACACAACACAGCCCUGCCUCUCACGGCUCCACCACACGUAAAAGGAUUAUCGCUCCACCACCGCCAACCAACCUAAGAGAACUGUUUCCCCCGACAUCACCUUCUACUAUCCCGGCUAAACCACACCCAUCACCAUCCCUUUCCACCACUAAACCUCAUCCCUCCCCCUCCUCUCCUAGUGGCUCCAUCGCUCUUAAGAGGAAGGCUCGACGGGCUCCUGCUCCUCCUCAAGAUGGCGCUUCCAAAAGUGGGAGGACAUCCCCUACUAGUUCUAUUGGUGACACUCUGAGCUCAGACACUCUCUCUCUCUCUAGCAUUGGCACUCACACCCAGGAGAAGCAUGGACACCAUGAUGACCAGGAUGAAGUGCUGAGUUGGAAAAUGCAGAAGGACUUGAAAAACCACUCCAACAAGUUGAAUGGUAGCAGUGAGCAUCAAGGUGCACCUCCCAAGCCCUCCCGGGCGUUCCAACCUUCCAACACUCAAGCGUGUCUCACAGGCAUCUUUAGGUGUCCAUCUUUGAGUAAGAGUGAGGCAGGCGAGUGGCAACGCAAGAAGGGUCCAGCGCCUCCUCGACCAGUGCCACAGAAGAGAGCUCUGAAGAAGUUACCAAUGCGCAUAAUUCAACAGGAGCUUCAGGAUAUUGAGAUCAAGCAGACAGAACUUGAGAGACAAGGUGUUCUGCUCGAGACAUCCAUUCGUAACCGCACGGAGAAUGCACCAAACAACCCUGUAGAGGAUGCCUCUGUUAGUAGUGGUCCAAACAGCAUAGAAGUCGAAGAUAUGAUAAUGCAGCUGUUUGAACUCGUCAAUGAGAAAAAUGAGUUAUUCCGACGUCAGACUGAGCUCAUGUAUCU